CUUGACGGAGUCAGACAGAAGCCAUCCAGUGGAGUAACGGAGGGAAAGCACAAAGAGAAGAUGACCCAUUUAGCUCCUCCGCCUGCAGCGUUCUGGACCAGCACCAGAGACCGUGAUCUCCAACAACGACCUGCUCCACUUCCCUGCACCGGCGUCGCUCCUUCCUUCGCUCCACCGGGCCGGACACACAUCCACGCCGACCGGCCUCGUCUCCACAGCAACGGUAAAAGUGUCUCUCUCACUUUCCUUCUCUUUUUCCGUGCGGCCCAUGAAAGGCUUGUCGCCCCAAAUGAAGCUCGGAGGCCAGAACCCGUGAGGGGCAGCUGGUCGCCACCAUGAAGCCGAGACUUUCACUGCUGUGGACCUCCGUCUCCAUCUAUGGGAACCUGGCCUUGUCCCUCGGUGCUGAGCCUGUACCGGAGCUUUUGGUGGGAUUGUUCUGCUGAUCUGGCGGUAGGAAACAGUUUGAGGACGGGAUGAUGUUGGAGCUGCAGAGCGGUGACGACGUUGGCCACGUGGAUCCUCUGGGCGCUGACGAGCUGGAAUGUAAGAUCUGCUACUGCGUGUACAACCUGGGCAAUCGUAGGCCGAAGGUGCUGGAGUGCUGCCAUCGCCUGUGCUCCAAGUGUCUCGCCAAGAUCCUGGACCUGGGCGAGUUGCCGCCCGAUGCCCUGGUGUGCCCGUUCUGCCGCUACGUCACCAGGCUGCCGGGGGAGGCGGCCAGCGGCCUGCCGGAUGACUGCAACCUGGUGGCAACGCUGGCCCUCCGGAGCAGGAACCAGAGGAACCUCCACUUCCACCAGGAUGCCACGCCGGAGCUGCUGCUCAGCCCCCGACGCCUGAGCUCAAUGAUGGGGGGAAACCCGGCCGGAUCCUCCCCCUCCACCUCAUCUUCCUCCACUGCCUACUCCACCAUCCGGAGCUCCCCCAACUUUGUGGUCAUCACCAUCAUGGAGCCUCCGCCGGCAUCAGCGUCCACCCAGGACCUCCACCUCCACCGCCACCCGGUGGGCUCCUCUAGCCUGGACUCCAUGGCGUCCAUCAUGCAGCGCUGGACGGUCUGGAACUGUGCAGCGCUGCUGUGCCAAACUCUGGCCCGGGCGCUGGUCUGGGUCCUGGGGCUGCUGUACUUCAGCUCGCUGCCGAUGGGGGUCUACCUUCUCAUCAUGCAGAGGACUACACUCGGCGUUCUGCUGGUCAGCCUGGUUCCCGCCAGCCUGGUCAUGAUCAUGGUCUACGGGUUCUGCCAGUGCAUCUGCCAUGAGUUCUGGGACUGCAUGCCGCUGUAAUGGACCCGACGGACCCAACGGACGCAAUGGACCCAACGGGCCCAGUGGACCCAACGGACUCAAUGGACCCAACGGACCCAAUGGACCCAACGGGCCCAGCGGACCCAAAGGACCCAGCGGACCCAGCGGACCCAAUGCAUUCAGUGGACCCAAUGGACCCAACACGCCCAGUGGACCCAAUGGAUCCAAUGGACCCAAUGGACCUAACGGACCCAAUGGAUCCAACGAACCCAGUGGACCCAAUGGACCCAAUGGACCCUAUGGACCCAACAUACCCAACAGAGGAGCUUUGACCCGACGGUGGACCUCCAGACGUUAUGACUGUGUGGACAGAAAGAGAAGAUGAUUACAUGACAAACAGAGCUCACAGUUUGGAGCUUUAUUUUUAUUACUAUUCAUGUUAAUCUGUGCAUUUCUUUUUUUAGGCUGAUAGACGACUAAUGAUGCUAAACAUAAAGACUACAUGUAGUGAUAAUUAUGUUGUAGUGACAAACCUGAAGACCAUCUUGUUAUUUAGCCAUAAAUGUCUCAAAUCUAA